CUCUCGGGUCUCGGGGCAGGUGAGCAUCCUGAUGAAGGCCACUGUCCUGAUGCGGCAGCCCGGGCGGGUGCAGGAGAGGGUGGGCGCCCUCCGCAGGGGCGGGGGGGACCGGUUACAGGCCGUGCUGCUUCCCCUAAUGAGGCAGAAAGCAUCCCCCACCAGGCCUGGGACCUCGUCCUCCGCACUGCCCCGGGCCGUGGGCUCUCCCUGGUGCUGAUGUGGAGAUGGGCCAUCGGGUAGAGACACAGGAAAGACUGGUGCAGCGUGCAACGGGUGAUUUCUGACUUUGACAUGACCUUGAGCAGGUUUGCAUAUAAUGGAAAGCGAUGCCCUUCUUCUUACAAUAUUCUGGAUAACAGCAGGAUCAUCAGUGAGGAGUGUCAGAAAGAGCUCACGGCACUCCUUCACCACUAUUACCCAAUUGAGAUCGACCCACACCGGACCAUCAAAGAGAAGUUGCCUCACAUGGUGGAAUGGUGGACCAAAGCACACAGUCUCCUGUGUCAGCAGAAGAUCCAGAAGUUUCAGAUUGCCCAGGUGGUUAGAGAGUCCAAUGCUAUGCUCAGGGAGGGCUACAAGACGUUCUUCAACACACUCUACCAGAACAACAUUCCUCUUUUCAUCUUCUCGGCGGGCAUUGGCGAUAUCCUGGAAGAAAUCAUCCGACAGAUGAAAGUGUUCUAUCCCAAUAUCCACAUAGUGUCUAACUACAUGGAUUUUAAUGAAGACGGUUUCCUCCAGGGAUUCAAGGGCCAGCUCAUACACACCUACAACAAGAACAGCUCUGUGUGUGAGAACUCCAGUUACUUCCAGCAGCUUCAGGGCAAAACCAACAUCCUCCUACUUGGAGACUCCAUGGGGGACCUCACUAUGGCUGAUGGUGUUCCCGGUGUGCAGAAUAUUCUCAAGAUUGGCUUCCUAAAUGACAAGGUAGAGGAGCGGCGGGAGCGCUACAUGGACUCCUAUGACAUCGUGCUGGAGAAGGACGAGACCCUGGACGUGGUCAACGGGCUGCUGCAGCACAUCCUGCAGGGCGACCAACUGGAGGUGCAGGGCUCCUGAGGGCGCAGGUUCAAGGCCUGGCCCGCAGGCCGUGACAGGAAGGGAUACCUCUGGGAUGCCACUCCGUCCUGAGCACAAAGGUCCAGGGCGGCCAUGAGCUGCUGGGCCCUCUGUGCCCUCCCUCCUCCUUUGCCCCAGCACCUUCCUCGUCCUCACCUCAAGCUUCAGGGGGCCCUGCCGGGGGAGGGCAGCAAGCACUGUUCCCAGGGGACCGUGGCCCGCAGCAGGUCGGGAUUCUUUUUAAAAAUUGUUCAAACAUGAAAAGCUGUUGUUCAGACAAAUAUAAUGUAUGAAAUAGACUGAAAUAAAAAAUAAAACAUUUUAAACAGCUA